GCAGCAGCAGCACUUCGACAGCAGCCAGAAGAUGAUGGCAGACUCUGGAAGCAGCGAAGAAGUAGCUGUGAUCGGUAACACCGACCUCACUUCAACUGAAUCAGAGAACAACAUCAUAAACACGAUGGUUGAAAGAGGAACGGCUCUGUUGAGAAAAAUGGAGAUAAAUGUGACGGAGGCAGAGAAGAGAACAGGGAAGAACACGGUUAACAUGCAGGAAACAUAUACUGUCUACCUCAUAGAAACACGGCCAGCUGAAACUGUCCCAGAGGGAGGUACGCCAGCCACACCUGACACUUUGUGGAGACGCUAUAGUGAGUUUGAGUUGCUAAGAACUUACCUCCUGGUCACCUACCCCUACAUCAUCAUCCCUCCAUUACCAGAGAAAAGGGCGGAGUUUGUGUGGCACAAGCUGUCAGCAGACAACCUUGACCCAGAUUUUGUUGAGCGACGGAGAGUCGGCCUGGAAAACUUCCUGUUGCGCAUUGCAUCGCAUCCUGUCCUUUCGAAUGACGAAAUCUUUUUCCGCUUUCUCACAGAGGAGAAGGGAUGGAGGGAGGUAGUUUUGGAGACAGGUUUCCAAGACAAGGUUGACUCCAGACUGAAGUCUCUGAGUGCCAUGUUCAGAGUCAAGAACCCUGACAAGCGAUUCACAGCACUGAAGCACUACAGUGAUGAACUGAACACUGUCAUCUCUCAGUUACUCAGGGUGCGGGCGAAAGUAGCAGACAGGCUGUAUGGAGUUUACAAGGUCCACGGUAACUACGGCAGAGUCUUUAGUGAGUGGAGUGCUAUAGAAAAAGAGAUGGGAGACGGACUACAGAGUGCUGGUCACCACAUGGACACGUAUGCUGCAUCAAUAGACGACAUACUGGAGGAAGAGGAGCACUAUGCAGACCAACUGAAAGAAUAUCUCUUCUACACUGACGCUGUCAGGUCAGUAUGUAGGAAACACGAGUUGAUCCAGUAUGAGCUGGAGAUGGCAGCUCAGGACCUCGCCCAUAAGAAACAACAGAAAGAAGAGCUGGCCACUGGGACGGUGCGAGUCUUUUCUCUCAAGGGGAUGACCAGUAAACUUUUCGGCCAGGAAAGCCAGGAGCAGAGGGAGAGCAGGUUGGCAGCUCUGGAGCAGAGUAUACAGGAGGGGGAGCAGUCACUCAAGGAGAAGAACGCAGAGUGCCAAGAGUUUGUGCAAACAGCCUGGGAAGAUAUUGAACGUUUUAAGGAGCAGAAGGACAAAGAUUUGCGUGAAGCACUAAUCAGCUAUGCCAUUAUGCAGAUCAGCAUGUGUAAGAAGGGAAUCCAGGUGUGGUCCAACGCCAAGGAGUGUUUCAACAAAAUGUGAGCCAUUUUCCCAGCCAGUCACACUUGGCACCAAAACAAUAGCCAAUCAGAUUGUACAGACUGGGAGCAUCAGCCAGUCAUUAUAAUACAGUCCUAUGGAAAUGACCCAUGGGAGCUCAGAUACUGCUUUCUCUGUGCUGCGCUUAAUUUGAAGCUACUGAGAAUAAUUCUGUCCCAUUUUUCUCCCUUCCUGUCUUACACACACACAUUCGUUUAGAAAAAGGUACCAAGUCAGAGUCAUUUAGAGUGAGUCCAUGCCAUUGUAAAUUAAAGUGUCUUAACAAUACCACUCUCUUUACAUUCUGCUGGUGUUAGCUUCAUACUGCAGACGAUCCGGAUUUUCCAUACUCUUCCUUAGUUGCGCAGCUGACAGCACUUCCAAGAAGAAAAUCCUAAUUUCUCACCUGAAAAUAAGGACUACACAGCAGAGUGCUGUUUAAUAUUAGGUGUGAAAAGCUGCACAUUUCAGCCAGGACUUAUCCUGAAAAAUGUUGCCAGGGAUUUGUCUCAGACGUUUUUUUGGCCUCAAAAAAUACAUGUAAUCUUUUGAAAUUCUCUUUAAUACAAAUGUUAAAUGUAAAUUAAUCAAAAACAAAAAAACAAUAAUUGAAACUGUAAGAAAAGGAAACAUGGACCACACUUGAGAAAGCCACUACACUUUCACAUUUCCUCUUUUUUUUUUUUUUUUUUUUUUAGCAGUUCCAUGCUGAAGUCAGUCUUUAUGGUGUUAUUGAUUGAUAACUGACCAAAGUGCUCAUGACCAAGUACCUGUAUAGUACACAUCACAGGGAUAACAGGUGGGAAGCACAGAUCUGUUCAGCUUUUUUCUUUUUUUGUGCCAAAAACAAAGAGCCAUGAAGAAGUGUAGUCAGGCUGCCAGGCCUCAUACUGUUUUGAUUACAGUGGGUCUGUUUUUUUUUUUUUUUUUUUGAGACUUUUUGAAAGACUGAAACAUGGCACCCCCACAAAUCUCCUUGAUCUACCAAGUGCAACCAUAAAUGUUGUCAAAAGCAACACUCGUACAGAUCAAUAGUGGAGCCUAUGCUGUUGAGCUUUAUAGCCUUAAUACAACAUUGGUUUUGUACAACAGGGGAAGGACAAAAAAAAGACUUGUUGUUGACCUUCUCUGCCUCACCCCCUUUUUCUGAUAGAGUCAUGGCACUAAAUAAUAGACCUGAGUUCCAAGCAUGCCUUGGGUCAGUGUUUUCUUCCCAAAAUGUGGAAACAAGUACAGUGCCGAUAUGUUAGCUCCUUACAGUCUGGCUUAAUACAUGUGCUAUAGACUUACAGUACAUAUGUUACUUUUGCUUCCUUUGUGAUAUCCAUCUGAGGUGGGAAAAAGUGAUGCAAAAUGAAUCUAACAUCUACGCAUUAUUCCGAGAUUAUUUUCCAUCAGAAAAUCCUACCUUUUUCCAGAAUAAACAUAAUCAAUUUACUGAAAUAAAACCAAAAUUGAAGCUUUAUGUAUGUUUUUAUAAUAAACACGUUAAAUGAAAAAUUGUUUUUAUGUUUCCGAGUUCACUGUGCUAAGACACUAAUAAACAUAUUUCUUUUUUAACUGUUUUGUUGCAUUUGUAUGCUAAAUAAUGGAGUUAAAGAUGAAACCAAAACCAAGGCCGAUAUGUGAGACUGCUGGUUGAGCUCUGCAUUUACAGAUGACUAAGUUCAGAUACUGUAGUGUAUGAU